CCAGCGCUUGAGGCGAAGGGUUUGAGGCCGUUAACGGCCGGCAGUUGGUACCGGUCGGUGAGCGUCGGCAGACGGGCUGUGGCGCAGCUGGAGUUCGUCAGCUUAGCAAGGCACCAUGCGUGAAUGCAUAUCCAUCCACGUUGGUCAGGCUGGUGUUCAGAUUGGCAAUGCAUGUUGGGAAUUGUAUUGUCUUGAACAUGGGAUCCAGCCUGAUGGUCAAGUGCCUAGUGAUAAUACUAUGGGACGUGGAGAUGAUUCAUUUAACACUUUCUUCAGUGAGACAGGAGCUGGUAAACAUGUUCCGAGAGCAGUGUUUGUGGACCUAGAGCCAACCGUAGUUGAUGAAGUACGUACAGGCACAUACAGGCAGUUAUUCCAUCCUGAGCAGCUCAUUACUGGGAAAGAAGAUGCAGCCAAUAAUUAUGCCAGAGGCCAUUAUACCAUUGGAAAAGAGAUCGUUGAUCUAGUGCUAGACCGCAUUCGCAAACUGGCUGAUCUAUGCACAGGGCUGCAAGGUUUCCUUAUCUUUCAUAGUUUUGGAGGAGGCACUGGUUCAGGGUUUGCUUCACUGCUUAUGGAAAGGCUCUCUGUUGACUACGGCAAGAAAUCUAAACUGGAGUUUGCAAUUUAUCCAGCACCACAAGUUUCCACUGCUGUAGUGGAACCCUACAACUCAAUUCUAACUACCCACACAACAUUAGAGCAUUCAGACUGUGCCUUCAUGGUAGAUAACGAAGCCAUUUAUGAUAUAUGUCGUCGUAACCUGGACAUUGGCCGUCCUACUUACACAAAUUUAAACCGAUUAAUUGGGCAAAUUGUUUCAUCCAUCACAGCCUCACUGCGUUUUGAUGGAGCCCUUAAUGUAGAUCUGACAGAAUUUCAAACUAACCUGGUUCCAUACCCACGAAUCCAUUUCCCCUUGGUAACGUACGCCCCCAUCAUCUCUGCUGAAAAAGCAUAUCAUGAGCAGUUAUCUGUGGCUGAAAUUACCCACUCUUGCUUUGAACCAGCCAACCAGAUGGUGAAAUGCGACCCUCGCCAUGGCAAGUACAUGGCCUGCUGUAUGUUAUACAGAGGCGAUGUCGUGCCCAAGGAUGUCAAUGCAGCCAUUGCCACGAUCAAGACUAAACGUACCAUUCAGUUUGUGGAUUGGUGCCCAACUGGAUUCAAGGUGGGCAUUAACUAUCAGCCUCCAACUGUGGUGCCAGGUGCUGACCUUGCCAAGGUGCAGCGGGCUGUGUGUAUGCUGAGUAACACAACUGCUAUUGCUGAAGCAUGGGCUCGGCUCGACCACAAAUUUGAUCUCAUGUAUACCAAGCGUGCCUUUGUGCAUUGGUAUGUUGGGGAAGGGAUGGAGGAAGGAGAAUUUUCUGAAGCCCGGGAAGAUCUGGCUGCCCUUGAGAAAGAUUAUGAAGAAGUAGGCCUAGACUCAGUAGAAGCAGAAGCUGAAGAAGGAGACGAAUACUGAGAAAAUUAAAGCCUGGAAAAAUUUAUUUACAAAAAAAAAAAAAAGAAUUGCAGAACCCUGUUCACUUGUUUGUUUUUAAAUAAAGUUUUCAAAUGUGUUUUCAAAUAAAGUUUUAAAGAUUCUA